CUCCAAAGGGGGGGGGGAGCGAGAGUCAUUAUGGGCUGAAUCCUUAUUGGCCGUAGGAUCUGCUACAAGUGAGGGUUAUAGGCGAGCAAGGGGCCGGGCUGAGCCUGCCUUUGGGUCUGCGGCAGUGGAGGAGAGCUUACGUGUGCCCGAAAGCCACCCCGCCCCACAUCGGUGGGGUACACAGGUAGCUAUGUUUCCUUGGCUUUCGCCAGCAUGAGAGAUGACAGUAACGUGUUUGAGCCUCUUCUGGAUGAGGAAGACCUGAGCAGAUCCAAAUCUAUGAGAAAAGUAUUCGCAAAGGCUGUGAGAAAAGCUUCAUUCCAGGAGAAAUUGUGGGAAUUUCUGUCACAAAGCUCUGUAGCGUUAUGCCCCACCUUUCAGAAGAGCGUAGGUUAUGGUGUGCCCUGUGUCACCCAUAAGCCCUCUAUGACUGAGACUGAUAGGCCUUGGGUUAAAAGAAAAAUGGUGAUUUUGGUUAUCAGUUUAUCUGUGCUACUUGAACUUAUAUUUUUGUGCAUUCUGCUGUGUUUCUCAUACAAUCCUUCCACUGGGCCCCAAGAUCUACCCAAAGAGGAUGGGAUCAAAGCCAGGAAGAACAUGACAGCUGCCGUCUCAGUUGUGCCAGAAAAUCUCACCCUUGCAACUCUCUUGGCAGCUGAAACGGAAGAACCACAGGGGGGAGCCAUGAGGAACUGCUUGGAGAAAGCUGUUCAGGAGUUCUCUGAGGAGCCAAGCAUUGUGAAGAAGAACACCAGGAUGAUCCUGCAGUGUAACGGAACAAAGCGGGAGUUCCUGUCUGGAAAAGGGGGAAACCUCAUUGAAGUGGUCUGGAUCAAUGAGAAGGUGUCUUAUACAUUGGUUCAUGAAGCCCAUCCAGAUGUCUAUCUGGCAAGGCUUGGACGUCAUCCUUUGCCACUCAACAUCAGCAGCAUCCAGAGUGUCUUACAAGAUGUGGCUUCCCACAACGGCUCAGAAGAGCUACGGAGUUGCCUCAGGAAGGCCUUAGCAGAAUUGCCCUGGGAACCAGUAAUUGUGCAGGACAAUGCCAAAAUGGUGGUGUCUUGCGGAGGGACGAAUCUCGCCUUCAUCUCUGGUAAAGGGCAAACUGAGAUUAAUGUAUACAGAGAAGACCCACAUGGGGAGAUUCAAUAUGCAGUAAAAGCUACAGGAUGGGCUUGGUUCCUCAGACCUUUAACAAGGAGAAAGAUUAACUAAUGAGUGGAGGAGGCAGUGUAGGCUAUAGCUGUGGGAUCUUGCUGAAUUAUAAGGUGUUUCCUGGUUAUGGCUUCAGAUAUUUACGCUCCCAAGACUGCAUCAAUCUGAUACUUACUCCAUGGCUAUAUAUUGCAUAAUUAGAAAUAAAUUCGAAACAAUCAGUACUUCUGUUCAGUGUA